AUGGUGAGGGGGAAGACGCAGAUAAGGAGGAUAGAGAACCUGGCCAGCCGGCAGGUGACCUUUUCCAAGCACCGGAGAGGCCUUCUGAAGAAGACCUUUGAGCUCUCCGUGCUCUGCGAUGCCGAGUACCAAAUGUCAAGUAUUCCCCAAAAUAUUCACCAUGCUGGUCAACGAAUGCCUGGUGAGGAGCAAGAAGAUAUAGUCAUAACCAGUACCCAGAAUAACCUAUUAAAUAUGAAGUGCCCUUUGACAGGAAAGCCUGUUACAGAAUUGAUGGACUGCAACCAUAUUUAUGAGAAGGAACCAGUAAUCCACUACAUAAGCACAAAGAAACCACAUCCUCGAUGCUCAGUUGUAGGUUGCCCAAAAAUUCUCCAAGUUGGACGGGUUGUAUGCGACGCCUUGCUUACAAUAGAAAUUGAUGAAAUGCGUUUGGCAUCAGCUACAAACAUAAAUUCAACAAUGGUAGAAGAUUUUUACAGAAGUUGA